AUGUACCAAAGUGACGUGAAGCCCACCAACUUUCUGCAUCUCGCCAGCGCGCCACCUCCAGUCACAGCAGCAAUGUCGCCUGAGUCCUCCUCAACUUCAGCUGCCGCGGCUUAUAUGAUUACAGCCUCUACAGCCGCUUCUGGGCCCAAAUCACACUUUCUGUCACCCCUGUCCGCAGACUACUUUCAACAACUUCGGACCGUCCCUGAUGCCUGGCUAGCUCAACCAGAGACCUCAGGGCAACCUCCAUCAUCACAACAUCACCCCCAACAAAAUGCGUGGGAACCCCUUCCAGCCACGACAUAUUUCUCCCAACCUCAGCUGUCUCCCUCCUAUACGAAGUCUCGGCGAAGUCAGAUUCCUCCAUCGGGCAGCAAGCGAAGUGAUUCCGGUACCGUCACUGCUAUUGGUGGAAAGGCAGGUUUUAGAGGUCUGCGAGAUGGGAGGGAGGAGAGUUACGGAGUCACCAACGGUAGCGGUUCACCUAGAGACCCAGGAGGCACUCUAGAAACCAUAAAUGGAUCAGCUGCCACGGUGGCGGUUACCACAAAGAAGUGUCGUGUGUGUGGGGAUCGUGCAGUUAAUCACAAUUUUGGCCAACUUACCUGUGAGUCGUGUAAGGCCUUCUUCCGGAGGAACGCUCACAAGGUAGGUGCCAACAGCCUCGAAGUUUACUACUGA